AUGGCUGUCGAAGAAAAACCAGCCGGCUUGAAAAGGCCCCUUUCUGAGGUCGAAGAUGCCGCGGAAUCCCUUGCACUGGACGAGAGGAUUGCCAAGGAAGUCACCGAGAACACUGGCAAGCCUUCUUCCCGGCCUGCAUCCAAGAAGCCCAGAGUCGAGGAGCGUCGCUCCAUCUUUGUGCGCUCAUUGCCGCCUGUCGCUACCAACGAGACCCUCACCGACUUCUUUUCGCAAUAUUUCCCUGUCAAGCACGCCACUGUCAUCACCGACCACAAGACCAAGGAGUCGCGUGGCUAUGGCUUCGUCACGUUUGCCGACGUCGAAGACGCCCAGCAGGCAAAGGCUUCGCUGGACAAGAAACUGUGGGACGGCCGGAGCCUCCGCAUUGACAUUGCCGAACCGAGACAUCGAAAGGGUAACCCAGAGGAUAAGCCCGCGGCCCCGCCUGGCAAGCCUACAAAUGACGAUAAUCGCAAGCCGCCCAAACUGAUUGUGCGCAACCUGCCGUGGAGCGUCAAAACGGAGGAGCAGCUGUCUCAUCUGUUCCGCUCCUUUGGGUUGGUCAAGUAUGCGGACCUUCCCAAGGCUAAGGGCAAGCUAAGAGGUUUCGGAUUCGUCACUAUACGUGGCCAGAAAAAUGCCGAGAAGGCCCUCGAGACCAUGAACGGCAAGGAGCUUGACGGACGUAUUCUCGCCGUUGACUGGGCUGUCAACAAAGAAUCCUGGGAGGCUCAGCAAAAGGAGCCGGAGAAGCUGGAGAAGACAGACAAGAAGAGCAAGGCUGAGGACGACGACGACCAGACGUCCGACGAUGCGACGUCCGACGAGGAAGACGAUGAAGUUGACGGCGCCGAUGGCAAAUCAAAAUCCGCGUCCAAGCCCAAGGACAAGGAGCUGGAUGACGACUUAAAAAACUUCUUCAAGAACCACAUGACAAACAUGGAAGACGAGUCUGACGAGAACGACGACGACGAAGAAGAAGAUGAUGAUGAUAAGGAGGAAGACGUCGAGGAGGUUCCUGAAGCCGCCAAAGAAAAGGUUCCCCUGAAGAAGCUGACGACGGACAACUCUUCGACACUGUUCAUCCGCAACCUGCCAUUCACUGCGACCGAUGAGCAGGUCAAGGGCUUCUUCGACUACUUUGGUAAGGUGCGAUAUGCCAGGGUCGUCAAGGACAAGGCGACGGAAAAGCCUGCGGGUACGGGCUUCGUGUGCUUCUUCAACGAGGCGGAUGCCAAGGCCUGCAUCAAGGGAGCACCGCGCGCCCAAGCGCCUGCGGCGCCCAACUCGAAGCACUCGAUCCUGCAGGACGAGAAUGCCGACCCGGACGGCCACUACACGCUAGACGGACGCCUGUUGCAGGUAGCGCAGGCCGUAAACAAGGAGACGGCAACCAACCUGGCGGACAGCGCUAUGGCCAAGCGUCGUGAGAAGGACAAGCGUCGCCUGUUUCUUCUGUCAGAAGGUGCCAUCACACCCAGGUCGCCGCUGUUCAAGCUCCUAGGGCAGUCGGAACUGCAGAUGCGCCAGGCCAGCGCCGCGCAGCGCAAGAAGCUGGUGGAGAAGAACCCUAGUCUGCACUUGAGUCUGACGCGUCUGGCGCUACGCAACAUCCCGCGCAACAUCGGAUCCAAGGAGCUCAAGGAUCUCGCGCGCAAGGCCAUUGUGGGUUUCGCCACGGACGUUAGGGAGGGCCGCCGCGUGCCGCUAUCCAAGGAGGAGAAUGCGCGCGACACCAAGGAAGCCAAGGACAAGGAACGCGAGCGCAGGCUCAAGGGCAAGGGCAUCGUACGCCAGGCCAAGAUUGUCUUUGAGACCAAUGACGGCUCCAAGGUGGACGAGAAGAGCGGCGCAGGCAAGAGCCGAGGCUACGGCUUCAUCGAGUACACGUCGCACCACUGGGCCCUCAUGGGCCUGCGCUACCUCAACGGCCACCAGCUCGAGGGCGACAACGGCAGAAAGCAGCGCCUCAUUGUCGAGUUCGCCAUCGAGAACGCCCAGGUUGUCCAGAGGAGGCGCGAGGUGGAAGGCUUCGGAGCCCGCUCCGCCGAGAGGAAGGCCGCCAAGGACCAGAAGGCCGUUGAGGAGACCAAGGGUGGCAAGCAGGACGACGACAACCAGCGGACGAGGAAGAUCCUCAGGGACAACAAGGAGGCUCGUGGCAAGGGCGGUCGCAACGCAAAGAACAAGAGCAAGAAGGGCGGCAAGCCUGCCGAGGACAAGCCUGCCCCCGCUGCUCCAGUCGCUGCGCCGGCCGACGGGAAGUCUGAGAUGCAGCAUAAGCUCAUUGCCAGGAAGCGCUUGAUGCGCAAGAAAAAGGCGAAUGCGAGGGGCUAA